UCGGGCUCCGCCCUUCGCCUUGCGCGGCUGCGGCGCGGCUAUGGAGCUGCCCCGGGGGCGGCUGCUGGCGGUCAGCGACGAGCUGGCCGGGGCCGAGCUGGCGGCGCUGAAGUUCCUCUGCCGGGACCACGUCCCCUGGAGGAGGCUGGAAGCCGUCUGGACCCCUCACGACUUGUUCGAAGCGCUGCAGGAGAAGGGCUUGCUGGAACCGGGGGACCUGGCCUUCCUCAGGGAGCUGCUCUACCGCAUCGGGCGGAUCGACCUCCUGGUUGCCCACCUGGGCUCCAGCCGGGAGCAGGUGGAGAGGGAGCUGCGGGCGCCGGGCGGGGCGCGGGUGCCGCCCUUCAGAUACUUGCUCUUUCAGCUGUAUGAAGAUGUCAUCGAAGAUGAGCUGAUGUAUUUCAAGUUACUUUUGGCCAAUGAUUUGCCAAAAAGCAAGCUAACCCGUGAGACUACAAUGCUUGACAUUCUCAUUGAGAUGGAGAAGAAGGGCCUUCUGGGGAAAGACAACCUAAGUAUGCUGAAGAGUCUCUGUGAAAAAAUUAACAUCAGCCUGUGGAACAGAAUUGAAGAUGGAUUAAAGCCGUUUGGCCGAGAAGAGAUGCUCAUCACAGAGGAACAGAGGGGCAGCACAGGAUACCCUGAGGGACAUCUGGUGUCAUCUGUAGCCCCUGGUCCUCCUGGCAGUUUUAAUGACCCUUCCCAGCUGCUUGAAGCAUACAAAAUGACCAGCCGACCCUGUGGAGUGUGCCUGAUCAUGAAUAACCACAAUUUUGCAAAAGCUAGGGAAGGAAUGCUGGAACAUAAACACAUGAAAGAUCGGAAUGGGACAGACGUGGAUGCAGCGGCUCUGAGGAAUGUCUUUAGCAAGCUUCAUUUUACAGUAGAAGAAUAUAGAGAUCUCACUGCACAAGAAAUCCGUGAGACUGUGAACAUCUUCCGGAGUGCAGACCAUGAGGACAAGGACUGUUUUGUUUGCUGUAUCCUGUCUCAUGGGAAAAAAGGCAUUAUAUAUGGUGUUGAUGGGCAGGAAGUACCUAUCAGGGAACUGACCACUUCUUUCACUGCACAGAAUUGCAAUUCACUUGCUGGAAAACCAAAAGUUUUUUUUAUUCAGGCCUGCCAAGGUGAAGCUUUCCAUCAAGGUGUGACCAUCGAAACAGAUUCUGGAGAGCAAGAUUCUUCUGUGGAGCAAGAUGCGAGGCUUCAGCUCGAGUGCAUCCCUGCAGAGGCAGACUUCCUCCUGGGCAUGGCCACCCUGCAGGAUUACGUCUCCUACAGAAGUCCCAAGGAGGGAACCUGGUACAUACAGGCACUGUGCCAGCGCUUGGAGUACAGCUGUCCUCGAGGGGAAGAUAUUCUCACCAUCCUGACAGCCGUAAAUCAAGAAGUGAGCAGAAAAACUUGUGAGCGGGGCACAAAGAAGCAGAUGCCGCAGCCCAGUUUCACCCUGAGGAAGAGGCUCAUCUUUCCUGUCAACUAAAUGGGAGGCAACUGCAAGCCAGAGAGAGCUGCUGCAGCCUGCAAUUGGCUGGUUUCAGAAUUCAAACACAACAGACUUUUACUGUCUGCUCUUAGCUCAAGGGCAGAUAUUUUUAAUUUAAACUACAAUUAAGGAGAAAAAGCCUUAAGAAAUUCGUAUUGAUACAUUAAUUUGUAUUAAUACUUUAUACUUGAGAACAUCUCUGAGCUUGUCUCUGAUUUAUUUCUGAUCUAUUUAGCUGAUCUCUCUCAGUGUUUUGCUGGCAAAAUUCUACUCAGUGUCUUCUUAUCAGCUCUACCACAUUACUACUGCUGUCAUAAGGUAUUUACAAGGCAACUUUCAGAAGACAACUGUUAUAAAGCUUUGUGUACUUUAUGCCUAACCUUUGCAAAAUAAAGGGAGGAGUGCUGUAAAUUUUAUAGGAUA